GCGGCCGUUGCCGGGAGACCGGAGGGACGCGGGAGCGGGACCGCCAUGGCGGGGCCCCGUUCCACUGCCCCCAUGGCGGCCGAGGCCGAGCUGCUGCUGAUGCAGAAACAAGCGCUGGCUGAGGAGGAGGCGGCCAAAGCCAAGCGGGAGCUGCUCACUCGCUUCCUGCAGGAGAAGCUGUCCCGUGAGGAGCAGAGCAGCAUGUGGGGUCUCCACAAGGUCCGCACGCUCUGGCGCUUGGCCCAGCGCAAGACCAAGGACCAAGAGCUGCGCCAGGACAUCGAGAUCCUCAGUCAGACCUUCACACGGGUCAUGGACUGCAAGGAUGGCGUCAUUGAGACGCUGGUCAGGGACCUGGAGGAGGCAGAGGAGCAGCAGAACCGAGCCCUGAGCAGCCACCUGCACCUCACGGACCAACUGCUGCACCUCCAGCGCUGCCGCCUGGGCUACCUGGAAGAAGGGUUUAAUGCCCAGGUGGGCGCCCUGGAAGCCGAAUUUGAGGCUGAGAGAAGGGCCAUUCUGAAGCAACAAGAGUGGGAAAGCUGCUGCCUGCAGGACAUGGCACUGGCCAUGGAGCAGGAUCACACCAGGAAUGACCACGAGGCCCUGCUGAACUUCCAGAGCGCCCGGGACGACAUCAAAAACAAGGACCAGCAGUACAGCCGGCUGCAGCUCGUGGCCAGGCUGGAGGGGCUGUGGGAGCAGAUCCAGAGCGCCCGGCGGAGCUACGCCCAGAGCACGGAGAAGAAAAAGGUGGAGUUUGAUGAGCUGAAAAGGAAAUGUGAGAAGAGUUCCCGGGAGAUUGACGUACAGGCGAAGAAGCUGCAGAAGCUCCAGGACUUGGUUACAGCCAGUAAGGACCAGAUCGCAGCUCACCUGCAGGAGAGCGAGAAGCAGUGCCAGCACAUCCAGGAAGAUAAGGAUCACGCCCUCCAGAAGCUCCAGAAGCUCCGGGCUCAGAUCAGCCAGGCCGGGGCCACAGCUCACACCCACCUGGUGACGCUCACCUGCCAGUGCAGUGCCACCCUCAAGGUGCUGCAGCAGGUGGUGGAGAAGGCCCAACGCAUCCUGCGCCUGGCUGAGAUGUGCCGCAGGCUGGAGACAGAGGAGGAGAAGGUGCUGCCCUUCUACCCCUCCUCACUGUCUGAGUCGGAGCAGCAAAAGGCCCUCAGGGUCCUGGAGGAGACCCCCAUUGAGCCUCUGGCACGGGCCAUGAAGGACUACAUGGGGCUGGAGCGGUUCUGGCAGAGGUUCAACAAGGCGAAGCUGGAGGAGAAGGCGCUGGAGCAGGCGCGGGCAGCCCUGGCAAACAGGAACCAGCACCUGCGUAAGCUGCUCCAGCAGUACCUGUCAGGGGCUGCAGUCAGCCAGAAGGUGCCCAGAAACCCCCACCCCAUCCUCACCAUCAAGCAAAAGCCACAUCCCAAGAAAUGA